UCUGGAUUUGGCCGAGGCUCCCAGAUUGGCCAGGGCGGGUCCCACCUCUCAGCCUCCCAGGGCCAAUUUGCGCCAGAACCAGCUUCGAGAGCACAGCUCUCAGAAAUCCCUCCAGGGGACGGCUGCCCUUCCUUCUGAGCGAGGUCCUUCUGACCCUCGCUUGCUGCCAUGAAGAUUGCAGUGAUUGGGCAGAGCCUGUUUGGCCAGGAAGUUUACUCCCAGCUGAGAAAAGAAGGCCAUGAGAUCGUAGGGGUGUUCACUGUCCCAGACAAGAAUGGAAAGGCAGACCCGCUGGGUUUGGAGGCUGAGAAGGAUGGAGUGCCAGUGUUUAAGUUCCCCCGCUGGAGGAUGGGAAAACAGGCUCUGCCUGACGUGAUGGCAAAAUACCAGGCUUUGGGUGCUGAGCUCAAUGUCCUGCCCUUUUGCAGUCAGUUCAUCCCCAUGGAGGUCAUCAAUGCCCCCCGCCAUGGCUCCAUUAUCUACCACCCAAGUCUGCUCCCCCGGCAUAGAGGGGCCUCGGCCAUCAACUGGACCCUCAUUCAUGGAGAUAAAAAAGGGGGAUUUACCAUUUUCUGGGCAGAUGAUGGCCUGGACACAGGGGACAUUCUACUCCAGAAAGAAUGUGAGAUCCUCCCAGAUGACACCGUGAGCACUUUGUAUAACCGCUUCCUCUUCCCCGAAGGCAUCAAAGGGAUGGUGCAGGCUGUAAGGCUGAUUGCUGAGGGCAAAGCCCCAAGACUCCCUCAGCCUGAGGAAGGAGCCACCUAUGAGGGCAUUCAGAAAAAGGAAACAGCCAAGAUCGACUGGGAGCAGCCAGCAGAGGCCAUUCAUAAUUGGAUCCGUGGGAAUGACAAGGUGCCGGGCGCCUGGACAGAGGCAUGUGGGCAGAAGGUGACGUUUUUCAACUCAACGCUGAACACUGCAGGCCUGGUACCAGAGGGAGAAGCUUUGCCCAUCCCAGGAGCCCAUCGGCCAGGGGUGGUCACCAAAGGGGGACUGGUUCUCUUCGGGAAUGAUAACAGAAUGCUGCUGGUGAAGAACAUCCAGCUGGAGGAUGGCAAGAUGAUCCCGGCCUCACAUUUCUUCAGGGGAGAAGACAACAGUGUCCUUGAACUGACUAAGGCAGAGCUGGUCACCAUGGAGGCUGUGCGGAGUGCCUGGAAACGGAUUCUCCCCAACAUCCAGGAAGUGGAAGACUCCACCGAUUUCUUCAAGUCAGGGGCUGUGUCCGUGGAUGUUGUAAGACUGGUGGAAGAAGUGAAGGAGUUGUGUGAUGGUGUGGAAUUAGAAAAUGAAGACGUUUACAUGGCAACAACCUUCAAAGACUUUAUCCAAUUGUUAGUGAGAAAGCUACGUGGGGAUGACAAAGAGAGCGAGUGCAUCAUUGAUUACGUGGAAAAGGCAGUGAACAAGCUGGUCCUCCAAAUGCCCCAUCAACUUUUCAUUGGGGGAAAGUUUGUGGAUGCUGAGGAUGCCAAGACCUAUGAGACUAUCAACCCAACAGAUGGAAGUGUUAUCUGCCAGGUGUCCCUGGCCCAGAUCAGCGAUGUUGAUAAGGCAGUGGCUGCUGCAAAAGAUGCCUUUGAGAAUGGAUUAUGGGGGAAGAUCAGCGCACGGGACCGGGGCCGGCUCCUGUACAGGUUGGCAGACCUCAUGGAAGAGCAUCAGGAAGAGCUGGCCACCAUUGAGGCUCUAGAUGCAGGUGCUGUCUACACACUGGCCCUGAAGACCCAUGUGGGCAUGUCCAUCCAGACCUUCCGCUACUUUGCUGGAUGGUGUGACAAGAUCCAGGGCUCCACCAUCCCCAUCAACCAGGCCAGACCCAACCGAAACCUGACCUUGACCAGAAAGGAGCCAAUUGGGGUCUGUGGCAUUAUUAUCCCCUGGAACUAUCCCCUGAUGAUGCUCUCCUGGAAGACGGCUGCCUGCCUGGCCGCUGGAAACACAGUGGUGAUCAAGCCUACCCAGGUGACCCCACUCACAGCCUUGAAGUUUGCAGAGCUGACCUUGAAGGCUGGCAUUCCCAAGGGUGUCAUCAACAUCCUCCCAGGAUCUGGCCCACUGGUUGGCCAGAGACUCUCAGACCAUCCUGAUGUGCGGAAGAUUGGGUUUACAGGCUCCACAGAGGUGGGAAAGCAUAUUAUGAAAAGCUGUGCCCUGAGUAAUGUGAAGAAGGUGUCCCUGGAGCUAGGUGGGAAGUCACCCCUUAUCAUCUUCGCUGACUGUGAUCUCAGCAAGGCUGUGCAGAUGGGGAUGAGCUCCGUCUUCUUCAACAAAGGCGAGAACUGCAUUGCAGCAGGCCGGCUCUUCGUAGAGGACUCAAUACAUGACGAGUUUGUGCAGAAGGUGGUACAAGAGGUGAGGAAGAUGAAGAUUGGCAACCCUCUUGACCGUGACACCAACCAUGGGCCACAGAAUAACCAAGCCCACCUACAGAAGCUGAUAGAGUAUUGCCAGCACGGUGUGAAGGAAGGAGCCACGCUGGUCUGUGGUGGGAAACAAGUUCCUCGGCCAGGUUUCUUUUUCGAGCCAACUGUUUUCACAGACGUGGAAGACCACAUGUUCAUAGCCAAAGAAGAGUCCUUUGGACCUGUCAUGAUCAUCUCUCGGUUUGCCAGCGGUGAUGUGGACACUGUGCUGUCUCGGGCCAAUGCCACAGAAUUUGGCCUGGCUUCUGGUGUCUUCACCAGGGACAUCAGCAAGGCCCUGUAUGUCAGUGAGAAGCUGGAGGCAGGCACCGUGUUUAUCAACACAUACAACAAGACUGACGUGGCCGCUCCCUUCGGAGGGUUCAAGCAAUCUGGAUUUGGCAAAGACCUAGGAGAGGCAGCCCUGAAUGAGUACCUGAGGGUCAAGACAGUUACUUUUGAGUACUGAAGAAAGGUCUCAUGAGAAGAAAGCCUUCAUCUCACCUUCCACAACCUGACCUGUUCCCCACUCCCGGCCUGGCAACCUGAUUGUCCUUCUCACCCCUGCCUAGGUGCACAGCUCCUCCCCCUAAAGUGGCCAGUGGAAGCCUCCUGCCUACAAUCCCUGUCCCUGUCCAGGAUCCCAACCCUAACAACCCCAAUCCAAUCAGAGUGACAUUUGGCUGGGUGAGAAAGUGUCCCCAGGGUUAAAAAAUGUCCUGACCAGCAGUAACCAGCACUCCAUGUGUCUUUCCUGCCCAUCUGGGUGUGCCCUGGGUGGCCCUGCAAGUUCUGGCACACAAGUGAGGUUUUGGGGCCCUGGAAAUCCAGUUGCCCUGGGGAGAGAUACAGAAGUGAGAAAUGGGUGUGUGUUAGAUCUAGCCUCAGAAAGUGGGUGCUGAAGAGGAGUUAAGAGUUCGAGAGGUUUGGGGGGUAAUCUCCCUCCCGCCCCCCUUCAUUGACGGACACAAAGGGGAGAAAGCAGGAAGGGCUGAAGAAGCUCAGACUUUGAUGCAACCCAACUCCAUCACCAAAUGUGCCCUUUUGUGGGAGCCUCCCCA